GCACGUUUAGGCGGAGCAUUACGGUAGUGGUGCUGAUGCGGGAUGAGUCAGGCUAUGCGAUGCUGCCUCUGCUCGCUGCCAUUUCAUCACCAAGACCUGCCUAACACACCGCGGCCUGCAAAAACACGGAAUAAAAAUCAUCUCUUGAAAUCUGGUCACCUUAGUUACGGUUGAGGAAGUGAAAGGAACGUCAGGUGAUUGUGGUAGGAAGCAAGCGUAGGCGCGCUUUGCACCUGUAUUGUGGCACCGUUUUUGUACCAACUGUUAGAGAGGCCUAGCUGUUAUAUAGACAUCAUCACGACGACCUCGGAGUAAUUCGAGGGACUGGAUAGUCAGACUAGGGGUUUCUGCAUCCCAGCAGGUCGUUGUUAAGGCCUACACGGUUUGUUUUCGACAGAGGACUGCGUCUUUUCAUGCAAUGGAGCCUUCAUCUUGGUCCUGAACGGCGCUAACGAAAAACACGCUUCUUUAGUUAGUCAUGGAGGCGAUAUGGCUGUAUCAGUUCCGCCUGAUCGUCAUUGGAGACUCGACGGUGGGGAAAUCGUGUCUGAUUCGCCGGUUCACGGAGGGUCGCUUCGCCCAGGUAUCAGACCCCACGGUCGGCGUGGAUUUCUUCUCGCGCCUUGUGGAGAUCGAGCCGGGGAAACGCAUCAAACUACAGAUCUGGGACACCGCGGGCCAGGAGCGUUUCAGGUCCAUCACCAGAGCCUACUACCGUAACUCGGUGGGCGGGCUCCUCCUCUUCGACAUCACCAACCGCCGCUCCUUCCAGAAUGUCCACGAUUGGCUGGAGGAGGCCAGGAGCCACGUCCAGCCGCACAGCAUCGUCUUCCUAUUGGUCGGACACAAGUGCGAUCUGGAGGCCCAACGUCAGGUGACCAAACAGGAAGCGGAGAAGCUGGCGGUGGCGUACGGCAUGCGCUACGUGGAGACCUCGGCCCGCGACGCCAUCAACGUGGAGCACGCCUUCACGGAGCUCACCAGGGACAUCUUCCAGCUGGUGCGCUCCGGUGACAUCACCAUCCAGGAGGGCUGGGAGGGGGUGAAGAGUGGCUUCGUGCCCAACGUGGUCCACUCCUCCGAGGAGGUCACCAAGAGCGACCGCAGGUGUCUCUGCUGAUUGGUUCAGAGGAGUUUCUGGCGCCCGAGCGGAUCCCUUUCCUCCCCCUGAUGUCCCCAUGGUUCCAUCUCCCCUCCCCCGCCCUUCCUCCCCUGCCCUCCCCCCCUGGUCCGCCGUAGGAGACCUGUUGGCGCUGGAGACGCUGGGCUUGUCGGUGGACGGGAGAGAUCUCCGGAGAGACUCGGCUGAUGGGCAUCACUGGUCUCUCCCUCCCUCUCUCCCUCUCUCUCUCUCUCUCUCUCUCUCUCUCUCUCUCUCUCUCUCUCUCUCUGAGGGUGGUUUCCUUCAGGUCCCCAUAACAGUCCAGUCAGUUCCUAGAUGCUGCUCCUGACUCGCCCACUCUCCCCCAGGGCCUGAUCUCCCUCUCCCCAGGCCCUGA